AUAUUGUUUGUUACUUGUAUUAAAUAAAAGCUACUCGAUCGUAUCUAGCCAUCCAUCCCCUUAAGUUAAAUUAGCCCACUGCGUUCUCCCAUGCACUUGUCUUCUUCACUUCCAACACCCUCCACUCUUUUCUCUCUCCCAUUCCCUCUUCUUCAUGCUUUCCUCACCUCUUUGUCCUUAAUUUUUAUUUAUUUUUUUUAAAAUAUUUUUUUUUUAUCUUUUAAACAGUUUCUUUCUAUUUCCUUUAUAUACUAACCCUUCUUUCUUAUUCUCUGACAAAUAAACAACAACACCAUACAAACUAAACUCUCCUUGCUUGCGUCUUCUUAAUUCACCUUCAUUCUCUUAGAUUCAUUCGUCGAUCACUUGCAUUUUCUCCUUCAUUGUAUCAUCACUAUGUCUAGCCGACGAUCACGGUCAAGGCAGCAAUCAGCUGGUGUCUCUGGCAUUAGUGAUGAUCAAAUUGUGGACCUCGUUCACAAGUUGCAGCAGCUUGUUCCUGAGAUACGUGGAAGACGAAGCUCUGACAAGUCGGCAAAUAGGGUUUUGCAGGAGACUUGCAAUUAUAUUAGGAACUUGCAUAGGGAAGUGGAUGAUCUAAGCGACAGAUUAGCCGAGCUCUUGGCUUCAACUGACAGUGACAGUGCUCAAGCAGCCAUUAUUAGAAGUUUACUUAUGUAAACAAAAAAAAACAAAAACAAAAAAAAAA